UUGACCUUACUGGGACACCGUAGUUACGUAUAUGUAGCGGGCGCGUACACAGGGUUUGCUCAUGGAUGCUAAGCGAAUACAGACUAUCGUUCUCUAAUUUCAAAGUGGGAGAGACUGUUUCCGUUUAAAUGGAGAGUAUAAAUGCGAAAUACGUGUCCCAAAAAAUCAGCAAAACGAGAUGGCGACCAGUAUCAUUUUCGUCUUUGCAGCAACCAGAUAUCUUUACGACUGGUUCGUGGGACAACGAGGACAACAAGAUUUCCUUUUGGUCCAUUGGAAAUUAUGAAGUUUCUGAUAUUGAAGAUGGAUUUGAAGGAGAUCCUCAGCUACUGUGUGAACACAAACAUGAAGGAGAUGUUCUGGACCUUCAGUUUCUGGACCAAGAAAGAAUUGUCACAGCAUCUUCAACUGGAGCAGUCACCAUCUUCCGCCACCACCAAAACAGUCAGACAAUAUCAGUUUCUCAGCACUGGGCAAGAGCACAUCAUUACUCUUGUGAUGACGCCCCCUGUACUGGUGUUGUGUGCAGCAUUCCUGAGAUUAUUACAGUUGGUGAAGAUGGCAGGAUCAUUGUGUUCAGAGCCGACCAGGAAGGAGUGUUUCGAGUCAUAGAGAAUGCAGACAGCAGCACAAUUCAUGCCGUGACUUACCUGAGGACAACAGAGAUUUUGACGGUGAAUUCUAUCGGCCAGCUCAAGAUAUGGGAUUUCAGACAACAGAGCAACUCACCAUCCCAGAUUCUCUCUCUGUCAGGGAAUAGAGUUCCUCUGCACUGUGUGGACAGGCAUCCUAACCAGCAGCACAUUGUGGCCACUGGAGGCCAGGAUGGCAUGCUCUGUGUCUGGGAUGUGAGACAAGGCAACAGUCCCUUCUCACUCAUGGAGGCGCACUCUGCUGAAAUGUGGGAGGUCCACUUUCACCCAACCAACCCAGACCAUCUAUUCACAUGCUCAGAGGACGGCUCACUGCUGCACUGGGAGACUACCUCUCAUUCAGAUGUUCCCUCCUUCCUACAAGGUGGCAGAAACAGCAGCAUGAUGUCUCGCAGUGCGAUGGCCCCAGCUGGAGGGAACCAGUCCCUAAUCAGUGCUUGGCUCAGUGGUGACUCUAGUAAAGGCCAUCUGGAGGCCACUCACAUACUGCCUAGCCAGACGCUGUCUGUUAACAGUUUGGAUGUACUCGGACAGUGUCUUGUUUGCGGGACUGAUGGAGAGGCUGUUUUUGUUAAUAGACAGGUCCCAGUUUAGAUAAGAUGUGGAUGAUGAUUUCAGUUUCUGUCACAACAAAGGUUUUAAUGUCUCCUUUGAUCAUACAGAGUGCCACAAAUGUUGUAUGUUCACAGGUGUACUGGUGACAUUUUUCUGUUGUACAAUUCUUUAUACACAUUUUGCUGUUGCAGUGGUGGAUUUUCAUCACUCAGGGUUUUUGAAAAUCACUCCAAGCACAGUAUUUCAGCUCAACAGUACUUUUUAUAUGGCUAUCAUUUCAGACUGUUCUGAAACAAAUUAAUAAAAAGCCUUUUUACACAA